AUGGAAAGUGUACGUUUCCAUUUGAUUGAUUUAUUCUUUAAGGAAUUGGAUGAAUUCAAUGAUGAGACUUUUGGGGGUGCCGAAAUAGGUGAUUGGGAAUUGGAACACGAAAAGUUUGUGUCAGAAUUCAGCGAAGACGAACUUCCUCCAAGUCCAUGUGAAAUUCCCAAAUUCUGGGAGUCCGCAGAUCUUUCGGAUUUCUGGUCGGCAGGAGAUUUGGACGUUUCCCAAUCAUUCGACUCCGUAUUGAACCUUGAGGAUACCGUUAAUAAGCUUAUUUGCGACGAUGAACUGGAAGAUCCUGCCAUACUAGAUAUCUCCAAGCACCCUCCACGCACUGGUGUUCAAACUCCCGUCUCAGCUGUGCCUGGCGUAAAUCUCAAUGGGCCUAAUAUCUGGGCACCUAAGUCCCCAGCAUGUGUCAGUCUGAAAAGCCAAUCGCAAGAAUGCAGUCAGGACCAACCAGACCCUCUUCAAAACCUGCUUUCUACUCUAAAACUCGGGCAAAAUAUAUCUACGCAAUCUAACCUGAGGGUGACAUCACACCAAAAUGAGAGUUCAACAUCAAACCCCACCAUCGGUGACGCGCUGUUCCCCACUUUACCCAAGCCAAGUCAGCUAGAACCCAAUUUGACCGCUCAUGAUAUUCGUAAUUUACCUCCACCUCCCUCCCAGACUCAACCUCCAUGGUGUUUUCUGGGGACACCGGUGACUUCGUUCUGUGACGCUUCGCCGGAAUUGCACAAACUUUUAUCUAGUCGCUUUGGUUUAGUUCGACCCCAGCAAAUUUUACCAGGUCCCUCACCUCUCGCCGCGGCUUUGCGAGGAGCCCCGCCAAUGCCUCCACGAGUUGGUCCGCUCUCGCGUCCAACGACUCCACAGCUGAUUUGUCCGCGUUUGACAGCACCACCUUUAAUACCUCCUCAUAGUCUACUGCUCCGCCCCUUCGUCCCUUUACCACACCCACCAAAAUCGCCUUUCACCUUCGCCCAUCAUCAAAUUCCGCACCUUGCUCCACUCGACACUAUUAGAAUACAGGAUGUCCUCACCGCACGGUUUGAAGCCGAUCAGCCUGAUCCCUCGGAUGUCGACCCUCGGAAAGGUUCUUGGAUGAGCCCACAUGAGCAGCUUGUUGUUCUUAACUAUCAGGUUCGGUCGCUCAGUGUGGGAAAUCCCUAUGUUGAGGACUACUACUUUGCUGUCAAGUGGCUUCGCAUGGUUGCCAAGAUGCGUGAACGUAAGUUAGCCGAGGGCGUUCCUGCUGCAAGCCUGCCACCGCCCUACUUCCAUCUCUCUGCUCCAAUUACCUCCACUAGCCUCAUCAGUUCUGAUCACCACCAUCGGAUAGCAAUGCGCUGCCGGUUCAUCAUUGUGCUUGGCAAGCGAAAGAAGCAGCUGGCGGUGGAGCAAAAGCCCGUUUUAAAUAAUGCAUUGAAGAAGGAGGCGGACGCGGGCCCCUACGCCACCCAACUCGGUCGUCCGACCAAGUCGAAUAUCAACGCUCAACGAAUCAUCGCCGACUUGUCCAUUGCGACGGCAUUGGGCGAGGAGCAGAAAGAAAACUACGAAGCCGAAAGUGUCACGUCUGCGGCUGCAGUUGCCGAUAAGAUUUCGACCAAAAAACCGGCUUCGGCCUCUUUCCCAUCACGCCAACACCAAGCCGUAAUUGGACAACGUCGUCGACUGGAAGUUCUCGCUCGCAUUGAACGCCUCUACGCCACAGUGCUCAACAUUGACGAAACAAAUGUUUCUCUGGCUCGUAUCUUUGUUAAAAACGAGGAGUCCCGAAACCUGAUGGGACAUCGGCUGAACUUGCUUAAAGUCCUUCACCGCGACCUCUUCUUCACGAGUCAAACUCCGCCAUCACCGCUAGGCAUUUCUGCGACGUCCGACAGCAACAACACAGAGUCGGGGACCGGGUCAUUAUCCACGCCGUCAUUUCAAAAGACGCGCCAUUUCAUUCUUGACAUCUUCGAGGUGCCAAAGGGUGUUCGCCUGUUUCCACUCAUCCUCCGUUUCCUGUUUCCCGAGGAUCGACAGUUUUGCGUCUCCGAGUUCAUCUCUCAGUUCGCCAAAGUGAAUGGAUCUGCAAAGGGCGGACUGGAUGCGUAUGCACAAAUUCUGUACGGGCCCAUCCGCGAUGUGAUCUACAGGAGUUCGGAAGGCUCAAAACACUUCAUUCGGUCCUGUAUACAACUACCUCUCUCGUUGAAUUCUCUCAUCUCUGGUGCACUGGAACCAAACGCUCUAGCUAUGUUCUCCUCCAGGCUCGGAGUCUCCUUGUUCCUGUGUCUUUUGGAUGCGUGUGCGCGAAACUCUCAACGCGACGACCCAAGCUUAUUCUGUGAACUUUUCUUCUAUGCCUGUCGCAUCGUGGGCCAACUCGUCCACACGGACCUGCCCACGCCCCUGGAGAACUUUCCCCACUUCGCCCAGCUGGACCCUCAAUUCCUGAUGCCGAAGUACCUCACCGAAGCCUACUCCCGCAACGGCCUCCCGCAGUACGGCGUUCUUCUGCGUCGGCUCUCCGUUAGAAUGUCGUCACAGCACCAGCAAAUUUCUAACUUAACUGCACCUCCCCAACCCCCUCCUAGGAAUUUGUCCCAAGCAGUCGCCCCGCAAAACGAAGUAACAUUAGCCUAA